CGCAGCGCGCAGCCGCAGCGCCGCCAGCAUGCGCGCCGAGGCCCGCGGUGGCCUGGAGCGCUUCUGCAGCGCGGGCAAGGGCCGGGGGCUCCGCGCGCUGCGACCCUUCCACGUGGGCGAUCUCCUCUUCUCCUGCCCGGCCUACGCCUGCGUGCUCACCGUGGGCGAGCGGGGCCACCACUGUGAGUGCUGCUUCGCCAGGAAAGAAGGACUGUCAAAAUGUGGACGAUGCAAGCAGGCAUUUUACUGCGACGUGGAAUGUCAGAAAGAGGACUGGCCUCUGCACAAGCUGGAGUGCUCAUCAAUGGUUGUUUUGGGGGAGAACUGGAAUCCUUCAGAGACGGUGCGGCUCACAGCAAGGAUUCUGGCCAAACAGAAAAUCCACCCGGAGAGGACGCCUUCAGAGAAACUGUUGGCUGUGAAUGAGUUUGAAUCCCAUCUGGACAAACUAGACAAUGAGAAGAAGGAUCUCAUCCAGAGUGACAUCGCUGCGCUCCAUCAGUUCUACUCCAGACACCUGGAGUUCCCCGACCACAGCAGCCUUGUGGUGCUCUUCGCCCAGGUGAACUGUAACGGUUUCACCAUUGAAGAUGAAGAGCUCUCUCAUUUGGGAUCGGCGAUAUUCCCUGAUGUUGCAUUGAUGAAUCACAGCUGUUGCCCUAAUGUCAUUGUGACCUACAAAGGGACCCUGGCAGAAGUCAGAGCCGUACAGGAGAUCCACCCUGGAGAUGAGGUGUUCACCAGCUACAUCGACCUGCUGUAUCCAACGGAAGACAGGAACGACCGGUUAAGAGAUUCCUACUUCUUUACCUGUGAGUGCCGGGAGUGUACCACCAAGGACAAGGACAAGGCCAAGGUGGAGAUCCGGAAGCUCAGCAGUCCACCACAGGCGGAAGCUAUCCGAGACAUGGUCAGAUAUGCGCGCAACGUCAUCGAGGAAUUCCGAAGGGCCAAGCACUACAAAUCCCCUAGUGAACUGCUGGAGAUCUGUGAACUUAGCCAGGAGAAAAUGAGCUCCGUGUUUGAGGACAGCAAUGUGUACAUGUUGCACAUGAUGUACCAGGCCAUGGGUGUCUGCCUGUACAUGCAGGACUGGGAAGGAGCCCUGAAAUACGGGCAGAAGAUCAUCAAACCUUACAGUAAGCACUACCCUGUGUACUCCCUCAAUGUGGCCUCCAUGUGGCUAAAGCUGGGGAGACUGUACAUGGGCCUGGAAAACAAGGCUGCUGGACAGAAGGCCCUGAAGAAGGCCAUUGCCAUCAUGGAAGUAGCUCAUGGCAAGGACCAUCCAUACAUCUCCGAGAUCAAGCAGGAAAUCGAGAGCCACUGACUAUGCACCCCAACUUUCCUUCAGAGACCUCAUAGGACUUGAAUGUUUCCUGCCUCACGGGCCACCCCAGCCUUCCGCAAAGCCUUGCCCGUGCUGUCCGCCUUUUCAGGUUCAUGCUCAGCUCUGACCCUCAUCUCCAGCACUUUCCUUUUUUGUAAGGGUCAUGGCAUGACUUCAUGUAAUAUAGAUUUGGGUCAAAUCGAGCUUGAAAAAUGCAAUUAAUUUUCCUCUGUGCCUGUUGGAAUGUUCUGCACAGAGUUGAAUGAGGAAAGAAUAAAAGAGUCAGUCCUUGAA